GUGUUUUAACAAUUUCAAGAUCCAACUAACGCUAUUUUGUUACAGCUAUAUCUCUAUUGAAUCGCAUCUUAAGAGUGCUUGACCGCGCCUCAAAAUCUUCCAAUAUAUAUAUAAUAAUAAUUAAAUACCAAAGCUCGCCUCACUGAAGCCCAAUUUUCUCCUGUAAAAUUGCUUGUUGCGGCGUCCGCCCAUUUAGUAGUAAAAAAUUGGCCUUCGAGUUCCCUGUAGUUACCUGAGUUGCCACUGUGGUGGAUUUGUGGCGACGGUUAGAUGGAGGCUGGGGUAACGACGACGGCGACUACAACAGCGUCGUUCAGUUCGAUACUUGAUAAACCCCUCAGCCAACUAACCGAAGAAGACAUUUCUCAACUCACUCGCGAAGACUGUCGCAAAUUCCUCAAAGAAAAAGGAAUGCGUAGGCCGUCAUGGAACAAAUCGCAGGCGAUCCAGCAAGUGAUUUCGUUCAAGGCGUUGUUGGAAAGCAACGAAGAUUCCGGCGCCGGAGCUCGCCGGAAAAUCCUUGUUUGUCCACCACCGUCACAUUUUCCUCCGCAAAAUGCGGUGGCGCCUUCAAAUUCUGGUGAGUCAGUAAAAGAAGCAGUCUUUGGAGAAGAAGAAAGCCUGUACGGCCAAAAAGAUCUUUCUUUGAAAGCUGCUCCGGUGGUGCAGAUGAAUUGUCAGGGCGGUGACACGGAUGACAAGACUCUUUCGCCUAGUUUAGGCUCUCCACGGGAGUAUUCAAAAUUGCCUGGCAGAAGUCAAUGUGAAACAAAUGAGUUGGGUGGGCAAAUGACAAUUUUUUACUGUGGAAAGAUCAAUGUGUACGAUGGUGUACCACUUGCUAAGGCACGAGCAAUCAUGCACCUGGCAGCUUCUCCUAUUGAUUUUCCUCAGGGCAAUCUAUGUAAUCAAAAUGGUGCCUUUAGGUCCUUUCUGGGUCAUGUACAAGAAGCCGAAGACAAAAACGACCUUACUUCAUCUAUUGCUUUGAACUUGAAUUCUCAUACCAUGCACACUGAGAAGAUGACAGAAUAUCAGCAGCAGUUUAGGGGAAAAGCAAACAUCAGUCGUGAUUCUGAUGUAGAUGGACAGGUGAGCAGAAAAGAAUCAUUGCAGCGAUAUCUUGAAAAGCGAAAAGACAGGGGAAGAUUCUUUAAAGGCAGGAAAAAUGCAGGACAAGCUUUGUCUAGCUCGGAGAUGUACCUGAACCAUCAGAUAAGAGCUCACUACUUAAAUGGACAAACAAACCAGAGCAGAACAAGUUCUCCACCACAGUCUGGAGUGCCACAUGCAUUUUAUAGCUCAGCUGACAACCAAGAGCUUGUGAAUUUUUCUGUAGAUCUCAAUGAUGAAGGUGGUCAAGAACACUGAAUUGAAUGUCUUUUAUACAUCAAAAGUACAUUCAUUGGGAUUUGAGUGAAGAGAUGCGUUCUUUAGGUGCAUUACCCACAGCGGACAUAGGAGAGGAAAAAGUAACUGGGGAGAGCCUUUGACAUGCCUGCAUAUGUAUAUAAAUAUAUAAAUAAUAUUUAUAUAUAUUUAUAUCAUGAUUUGGCUUGUAUGGGUCGAGUUCCUUACUCGGACAGACUCUUGUUUUGAGUGGUAUGAUGAAGUUGCAGAAUUUUCUGAUCAAAUUUUGCAAAGCUGAGCGACUGUGUUGGGGAAUUUCUUGUUUCUGAUAUUAGGAUCUCUACGUCUUUGCUUUGAGGUAUAGGGAGCCACAUGUAGCGGCAAGCAAUGCUUUCCUUUUGCUUUAAUCUUGAUAUGUAAAUUUUGUACUAAUUAUAGCUUAUUGGGGCAGGUGAACUAGCUCUUUUCCUAUCAAGGGGUUUAUCUGUAUCGUGUUUAUUACCUUCAAUUCACUUCUAUUUGGCUAUGUCCAAAUGAUUCCUUGUAAAAA